AUGCAGCCUGUGGGCGGGACAAUUGAGAUCUGGGCAAGGCUGCUCAACUCCCGACCGUCUCAACUGGAAGUGGUGGAGGUGCAACCAGGAUCCGAUGAAGGAGAUCAGACGGCUACCGUCGGUGAGGACAGUCCAGGAGCACCAUCGUCAGCCGGGAGUGCCAAUCUAGAUGUACCAGAUGAAGAAGAUGACGUCGAUGAGCCUAACUCUUCACCAUGGCAAGAGGGCGGUGUCGUGCUUCCGCAGAAUUUCAUGGAGCUGUUCUCCAAAAAUUUUCUAGAAGCAAAUCUGAAGGCUGCCGAAAUGGCGCGAGAUUCCCGAGAUUCUCGUGCGGAAUCAGUGGGAAAUUUAUCACCAAUGGGUAUGGAUGGGAUGUCAUCACCAAGACGUUCACCACAAUUGCCCGUGCUACCCGGUGCCCAGGUCGUCGCCCAAUUGCCUCAUUCCCAAAUCUUCCGUCCAGAUGACUGGAGUUGGCAUCGAAACCCGGCAGCCGCAAUUCGGAGCGGUGGAACGAACAAACAGACGCCAGUUUGGAAGUAUUUCGUCUAUAAUAAGGCGGAGAACUUGUCUAGAUGCAUCGUCGGAAACUGUACUUACCACCUCAAGGGUCCUCACACAUCAACCCUAGCCUGCCAUCUAAAAAAGCACCCAGAAGAAUAUCGAGAAUUCCAGAAGUUGAAGGCGGAGUACAGCCGGGAACGAUGCAGUGGUCAACUGCCACCUUCACCCUCCUCAUCAGCUUCAAGUGCUACCUCUUCUGGAGGCAGUGCAGGUAAUGGUGCUGUCAAGUCAAAGCCCAAGUCGAAGCCGCAGGCGCCUAAAAAUCUGAGCUCGAUCGCGGAGGCUUUGAGCAAACAGGCUGCUGCUGCACUUCAAGCCUCUGCUGCUACACUUGGACCUCAGGGAUUGAUGAAUAGCCUUGGAUUACUACAUCCUCUUCCAAAUCCCGGAUUCUCUCCAUUCUUGAUGAAUCCAGCCGCCAUCCCCACAUCAACAGCUUUUCCUCAACCCUUCUUCCAACAACAAACUGCAUUAAACCUGGCCACCCAGAAUGUCGCGCCACAAUUCAAUUCGAAAAAAUGGCGAAAAGAUGAGCAGAAACAAAAGGAACUAGAGAGUCGUCUAGCCCUAAUGAUUGCCGCCAACCAUCUCCAUCCUGAAAUCAUAAAAGACGCUUGCUUCCAGCAAUUCCUCGAACUGGCGCAACCAAAAUUUAAUCUACCGGAAGAACCGUCAAAUGUUGAGUCGUCAAUUGCGGCUGAAUAUGUCAGAAUGACAGAAAAUAUAAAAAAUCAGCUGGCAUCAGCGAGGCGGAUAACUCUUGUUGCCGAAACCGUACCGAUCUCAAGGGAAGGCGAGCAGGAAGCGAUACUUCUUGUUGUCUCUGCCGUCUACUUAUCCCCAACAAAUAACCUGGAUUACGCAUUGCUUGGAAUCCGCCACCUCGAAAAUCCGGAUUCCAAAGCCAUCCAUUGGCAGGUGGAAAAUUUGGCCCUCGAGCGAUACAACUGCCCCCUAAAAAGAGUCUCUCGAAUCCUCCUUCCUGAUGUUGGAGAAGAAUCGUCACUUCAAGAAAAUACAAUUGAGCCUCAUUUUGCAAAUGUUCUCAAUAAGCUAGCUGAAGCAAUCCAAACCUCAACACACUUGGAGGACCUCCGAAGUGCCAUCCAUAAUCUUCUUGUUUUUGUCGGCCAUCGCCCUCAAUUUAUCCAAAGAGUCAAAGGAGCUGGAGGCAAAUUGCCAAUGUUUUCACCUUCUGAGCCGUUCCAAACGAUCAUUGGCAAGCUGUCAAAAUUGAAGAAUGAAAUUAGCCAAGCAAUGGAAAAAGAAGAGGAUCAAAUGGCAAAUCUUUCGGAAGAGCAUUGGAGUCAAAUUGAAGAACUGGUUGCGCUUUCUGACGAAUUAGUUCAACGAUUGUCUAUUCGAUCUGGAAAGAUCCAAACGAUCGAUACGGUCGUCCCAUCACUUUUACAACUUCGACCAUUCCUUGAACUACAAUCAUGCCCCAAACUUGCUGAAGAAAUUGCCGAGCUUUUCGAUGGACUGACUGGCCCAAUUCUCGACAGCACUCAUCCUCAUUUUGAUGGAUCAUUUCUUCAAGCUACAGCGUUGAAUCUCCAGUUGGCUCGUUGUCUAAAUGAAGAACAACUUGACACGGCCAAAGAAUCAUUAAUACAAACGCUGCAAGCCAAAUUAUCGAAUGAGGAACCUCGGCGGCAGAAAACACCAAUGAAUGUUGAUGAUCUGCUGGCUAUUUGCGAGAGAAAGCAGAGCGGGGAUGCCGAAUCCUCUCCAGCCUUAACUCCGUUUUCGAUUGCUAAUAUUGGUAGCCCCUAUGAUUUCCUUCAGGCCUUACCAAAAUCAAAUGAGUUGAAGCAACGAGCUAUGGAAGUGUUGGUUGGACACUAUUGGAAUGAGAUCUUGCCUGGGGAAGGAGCAAUGACGAUGUUCGGUAUGAUGGAAAAAUUCGCGGGCAGCCAUCUGCCACCACUCGCCUAUUGGUCUUCAAAAGUAUCACAUGCUGGCCUUUUGGCUGAAUAUGCGAUUACACUACUUUCUACCCCAGCCCUUCCCCUCUCACCCGAUCGCAUCUUCAGUCAAACCGGUCUCCAAUCUCCGCUACCAGGGAUCAACUUCAGCCCAAUCAAUCUGCCACUCCAACAUGCCCGUUUUGAAAGGGACGUCCUUCUACGCUUCAACAAGACUACGCCAAAUUUGCAA